AUAUCUAUAUAUAUCAUCAUCUCCCCAAACCACAAGCCUAUACUUACAGCUAUACAUACACGCAUCAUCUUCUCUUCUUUGAUCUGGGUUUUGAUCCCAACAUGAUGAAGAUGGAGAGUAACUGCGAUUUGGAACUUCGUCUUCUUUCUUCAUCUUUUGAAUCCGAUUGCAUCAGCUCGACGGAGGACAGUCCGCAAAAGGAAGAAUCUCAGAGAAUAACCAUUUUCUACAAUGGAAAGAUGUGUGUCUCCGAUGUUACCGACCUUCAGGCUAAAGCGAUUAUAUCGCUAGCGAACAGAAGAGUGGAAGAGAGAUCAUCAUCGAGGUCAAGACCGAACAACAAAUUAUCAACCACAUCUCAUCAUCUCCAUCAGCAUAGCCAUCAUCAUCAUCAUCAUCAUCAUCAUCAUCAUAAUAGUCAGACUAGUUCUCUGACUCUCCAAGGCUCAAAUUCGGCAGCUUUCAUGAAAAGAUCUCUUCAAAGAUUUCUCCAGAAUCGAAGAGAUCGAAUUCAAGCCUCAUGUCCAUACCAUUCAAAAGGUUGCUGUAAUAAUACAUAGAAUGAUAUAAAACAUCUUUUUUUUGGGUAAUCGAGUGUUCUAAAUUAAGACCCAAACUAAUCUCGGACUAGGGAUCAACCGUGUAAUUUAGAAUAUACGCCAAGAACGCAUCUUUUUUACACUUUUUAAUCGAUUUUUAGGUUUUUUCAAGCUUAGAUGUUCAAGAAAAUUUGGAAUAUACGCCAAGAACCAUCUUUUUUACGUCUUUUAAUCGAUUUUUAGGUUUUUCAA